AUGACUACCAUCGAAUCCACAAGGCUGCGACCAGCCCACCAACCAACACCGACAUCCACUCCCCUAUCCAUUCUUGACGCAACAGUCGCGCGCUUCUCUCCAACCGGAGGAAUUUGGAUUUUCGAUCAAGCUACAGGCUUGGAUCAAAAUACACUGACCGAUAAUCUACGAACUUCCUUCAUUGAAACUCUAUCAAAAUUCCCUCAAUGGGCAGGCCAACUCCAAUGGGCACCUGUCAACCCCACAGGACCCCACACAGAGCGUUUCAAUCGUCCAUUGAUCGUAUACGGGACUGAUACCGAUCCAGGUGUUGAAUGGACAGUAAUUAAGCAUCCCAUCCGGGCAGAUGAAAUUGUCCCCACAGCGGAGGAACGGGCUUCAUCGACUACCGGCUCCCAACCCGGAGCAUGGGCAGGCGAUGACUUCAAACAAAGUCUCUUCAUAUCGCCCAACCCACUGGCAUUGGCCAAUCUGCGCGACUAUGCCGGCCUGCCGGGGAUGCAAGUCCAAAUCAGUCUUCUCCAGGAAGGAGGCUACGUCAUCGGAAUCAAGCUCGCGCACUGUCUAGCAGACGCACAGUCUUUGAUGGUAUUCGUGCAUCUAUGGGCAUAUAACAGCAAAAAGCAAUUCGGAAAUCAGCCCGAAUCCCCGUUGAUGGGCGAGCCCGUAUUCGAUCCCGCGUUGUUGGACAGAUGCGCCGCGGGCGAUAUCGAUAGCGCCGAGCCAGAUCAAACCCUCGUGAACACGGCGCGCAAAUUGCCUUUGCACCGGUAUAGCUGGUGGAAUUACACUGACGAGGGCUACCCACCGUUCCUAAUACCGACGACCGAGAACUCCAAGCCGCCCCCCGCGGAAAUCGACCACAAACGAAUUUCACCCUCAGAACCAGCGCCCUGGCUUUCCUGGGAUUUCUCCAAAGGGGUCAAAUACACACUGUUGCACUUCACAGGUGCAGAGCUAAGAGAAUUCCAAGCUGUGGCCCUCGAUACCCCAGGGAGUCGACGUGAUAUCUCUCGACUCGACACUCUACUCGCACACCUGUGGGUAGCCAUUACGAAAGCACGCGGGUACGCCGACUCUUCAAGACCCGUAUAUAUGAAUUUGACUCUCGGCGUACGACCACGUGUUUCGCCCGCUCUCCCUGAUACCUUCAUCGGAUCGCCGCUGUUCUUAACUUAUGUCGGUGGACCCGCUUCCUCAGUAUGUCAGGAAAUAUUAGGCGAGACGGCGAGUCGGAUCCGAAAUACGAUGAAAGGAUUUACGGCUGAUGCUGUGGGUACGAUGCUGCAUGAUGCUGCGCAUGAAGUGUCGCCACAGCGGCUGUGGCAGGCGUUCUUGGGGUCUGAGCAUACGAUUGUCACGUCGUGGUUGCGGCUGCAGUUGUAUGAAGUGGACUUUGUGGGCGGAACUAAGCCACGUUAUGUGCAUGCAAUUAUGCCGAAGAUGGAUGGGUGUGUUCAGGUGAUGGAUAGUGGGGUUCAGGAUGGGGGGAUGGAUGUUGCGCUCUAUCUUGAUGAGGUGGCUACAGGGCGGUUGUUUGACCGUUAUGUUUAA